CAAUGUGGGCUUUGCCGAAGACCGCAUAGAGGGCACAAAGGAGGCGCUCGCGAGCAGACUUUUGAGCGCUAAAAAGACAAAUGGAACACUCUACAGACUCGUAGACUUGGCGAACACGCGCAAGUCCACAUGAAGUUUGACAUUUGGGACAGGGCCACGGAAGCAGACUUUGUUUUCAAAUCAUGAGACUUUUUGCUCGGUUCUCGCGAGAUCUUGCGGAGACUUUCCACUGUACGUUAUACUACUUUCUAAGGUUAUAUCUUUAUUUAAUCUAUGUCUGGCUAACAUGUGUUUUUCUUUUGUUCUUUUGCAAAUUUUAUUGGUGAAAACGUCAGAGUUUUAUUUUGUAAAAUUGCUUUUUUAUCAUUAAUUUACGUUAUAUGUUUGCACUUUCUAAGUGUGUACCGUCAGGUUAAAAAUACUACAUGCUCACUUGGGAUCUUCACGCCUACUAGAACACUAGGGCCUAAAACAGGAAAUACGUCAUGAAAGUAGUCAAGUGGUCAAGUGCAAAGAUCGCAAGUGGGGGUAUUUGGACGCCGGCAUGGUCAACGAGCAAUAUAUGCGCGCGUGGUUUUGAAGAGGACUGCUGAUUGACAGCGCCAUCUAGAGGUAUGGAAUGAAACAAGCUUGCCAAAAAAUGUGUAAUUAUUUACAAUGGGAAUUUAAUUGCCAUUAAUAAAAUUAUUAAGAUCGACUGGUAAUGUGUGGGUUCUAUUGGAAAGAUGCUUUCCAGCACAUGGGGACCAAUUAAACCCCAUUAUUCCUAUGGGGCCAAAACUUGUAUGUGUAAAUAAAUGAAGUUUGCAAGGGCAUUAAUGGGAAACAUGGGAUGAUUCAUAAUGGUAUUUGUAAAGGAAUCUACAAGAAAUAUUUAUCCCCAGAACAACCAACCUUGACGUUUCUUGGGUAAUUGGGCAUGACGUCACACGAUUAAUAGCGCACCCAAAAGGUUGUCCUUGUCAGGUGAUGUUUAGUUUGAAUUGCACCCGCUGAUUGUCUUGGAGACUAUGGUAGUCUUCCAGGUGGCACUCGUCUAUACGAGGGGCUGAACAUGAAGGCUACCAGCAGUCUUAACUGUCUCAGACUCUGCAUAUUAUUGUGUUUGUUUGUGCUGCACAUGUCUACGCGCGAGGUAGAAAAAAUGGCCUCUCCGUCAAAUUUUGGCGUCACAUCAGCGCAAGUGCGCCAAAGUCGACAGCCGAAACAGAGGAACCAGUAUUAUAGACCUCUCGUAGAAAGCCAAACUGAAGACGAAGGUAUGCGACUCAUGUUGCACUUAUAUAGGAUAGCGGCGGAUUCAGACGGAAAGCCAAAGCAACACAAGUUAUUUGGGUCCAAUACUGUAAGGUUGCUCCAAGCUUCCGCAACUGAGAAGCACUUUCUACCAACGUCAACUGACCUUCAAUAUACCUACACUGUGAAAUAUGAACUGAAAAACCUCUCAUUGAACAAACUGGUGAAGGCGUCUUUUAUGCACCUAAGGUCUCCUGUGGCUUCCCAUCCUAUCUGUGUGGCUAAAGUGACCUCUUCACAAAAUCAUCCUGAGGGUGACUAUGUCACUAUGGGUCCUCGAAGCCUAUGGACUGAAUCUGAUGUUACAAACCACGUGUCCCAGUCGAAUGGUGACCAUGUAUCCUUCUUUGUCCAUUAUCGAUGCUCAAAAACAGACCAUGAUGCGUCUAUCGUGAGACCUGUUACACAGAGAAAACGUUUCCCACCUCAAAACCAUCUCAGAGCUCCCGUCUUGCUGCUUUUCUUGGACGAGAACAAGCAGCCCAUGGAGUAUUUCAAACCCCUUUCUCGCCCUAGUACAAGAUCCCGCCGUUCCAAGGAGCCCGGGAGCAUUGUUUCUGACAUCCCCAACUACAAGCAAGGACCGAACAGUGUGACCAAAAACCUGUGUAAGCUGCAUUCCUACCGUGUGGCCUUCAAAGACCUAGGAUGGGACCACUGGAUCAUUGCACCCCACAAGUACAAUCCACGUUACUGUAUGGGAGACUGCCCUCGUAUUCUCCAUUAUGGCUACAAUUCACCCAACCAUGCGAUCAUGCAGACUUUAAUCAGCGAUCUUGGUGUUGCAGAUAUUCCGCUACCCUCCUGCGUUCCUUAUAAAUAUAAACCGAUCAGCGUGCUGAUGAUGGAGAGGAAUGGAAACAUAGUCUAUAAAGAAUAUGAGGACAUGAUUGCAGACUCCUGCACCUGCAGAUGACUUUGGGCUCGGGUCAGAAUAGGAAAAAGGUGCGUAAGGGCAAUGUGAAUUUGUACCAGCACAGUUGGAAAACAAAAUUGCAAGUGUGUAAUGGUGUGUCUGUUUUGAUUGCCUGUUGCCUUUGCAUAACUAUCACAAAUUUUACAGUGAGUAAACGCGCCUCAAUUGUGGAGAAUCAUUGGUUUAGUCCUAUCAUGUUCUCAGUACCUGACAUUAGGCGAUUUAUAGAUCUAAAUAAGUGGUCAUGAUAAUAAUGGAUAUUAAGGUGGAAAUUAAGGUUUUGGACCUGUUAAAAUAAUUGGCUACAAUAUUCCAUUUUUUCUUUUACUGUUUGUCAGUGUAUGUUUUUGGUUUCUGUGUGGUUCUGUCUAGUGUUUGUUACGGUUAUAUCUGUUACUGUACAUAAUGUAUUUAUAAAAAGGGAUGAAAGUAGGAUUUUGAUCAUUUUGCACUUUAAAAAACAAAAAGGAAAAAAAUAUAAAGGAGGGAGGGAAAAAUUCAAUCGCUCCUGGUCUUUUGACUGUUAAGUAGAUCAGGACAGAAUUUGGACUUCAGAAUGUUGCUCUACGGUUGUGGCCUCUUAUUACAUCUUGUCCAUUUUAACUGCGGGCAGGAGGUAGGAGGAGCAGUUGACAUUUUGCACUUUCUCACUGAAUACAUGCCAUACAGUAUGUUUAUGAAACGGACACUUUCAUGGACUCAUUUUGUAGUGCGGUAAUUAAUCUAUGCACAUGAAAUACAAAGUUUUAAUGUCAUAAUGAGAGAUGA